UUGAAGUACACUUCAGGUAUAGAGUGUAGCCUUUCAAACUCCAGUAGAGUACUGUUCCGCAACUCGUUCCUCACUCUCAAGUUCGCUCUCUCAAGCAUCCACCAUAUCUUCAUCCUCGUCCUUGUCCUCGUCCUCGUCCCCAUUCCCAUCAGUAAGUUCUUAGUCAUCAUCGAAGUCCAAGUCAAGCUGCUCGUCUUUCAGGAAGAGAUCAGGCGGAGCCCCGCGGCCAUCUUCGACGACUCGUAGAUCUCGAGCAGAUCUUCAUCGCCUUCCAGCCUAGCUUCUUCAAGCAUGUUUUUUCAAACAAGCAUCAAGUAUUUUCCCAUAAAGUUUUUGCCGGGCCAUACAUGCAUUUUUUUCUGUUAGAUCGCACAUUUUUUUCCAGCAAGUCCUUUGCCUGCUUUACGCUCAACCCAACUCCCCCAUCACUUAUCCAACUCGCUGCAUUCAACGAGCGGGGCUUUCCUAGUUGCUACGAGCUUUUUCCGAAGCUCUUCAGCUUUCUUCUGAGAUGGUGA